AUGCGGUUCAUUAUUACUUCUUUCCUCUUUUGUUUAGCUGUUGUCACAGCGGUUCCCACCGGACAAUUAAGGAUUGCUGGUGGAGCACUCACGACGAUCAACCAGUACCCAUAUGUGGCUUCUAUGAUAUAUUCCAGAAAUGGUGCGUCAUACGCCCAGGCUUGCGCUGGCUCCAUUAUCAAUAACAGAGCUGUUCUCUCAGCAGCUUCUUGUUAUGCUAACGAACCCGUCAACCGCUGGAGAAUCAGAAUAGGAUCCUCCUACGCAAACAGCGGUGGCACCGUUCACAACGUACACUCCAUCAUUAUCAACUCGGGUUACAACGCCCAAAGGCGCGUCAAUGACAUCGCCAUCGUCCGCUCGGCUACCAACUUCAUAUACUCUAACACUGUCAGAGCUAUUUCACUUGCCAACGCGGCAUACAAUAUACGUGAUAAUACUGCCGUUUGGGCUCUUGGCUGGGGACGCACUGGGCCCAAUGCUGUACGAUCGGAGCAAUUACGCCACGUGCAACUACAGACGAUCAACCAAACCUUGUGUAGAAAUAACUACACCACCGUCAACUUCGCAGUCAAUAACAACAUGAUAUGCAGUGGCUGGUUGAAUGUUGGCAGUCGUGGUCAGUGCGUGGGCGAUGAAGGUGGCCCUCUGGUGCACAACAACGUGCUGGUCGGAGUGUUCUCGUGGGCUCGGGAGUGUGCUAGUACCCGCUUCCCCAAUAUCAAUACGAGAGUAUCCAAUUUUAUUUCAUGGAUCACGGCUAAUGCUUAAGUUUCAACAAAAAACUGAAUAAAAACAUUAUAAAUUUAAUUUUUGAAUAAAUGUUUUUUUUUU